AUGUCGCGGCACAGAAACGUAAGAGCAUUGUAUGAUGAUGAUGUAGAUACUUAUGAAGAAGCCUUUGCAAGUUCAGUUGAUGAUGACUAUACAAUUUCCCCGAACACAUCAGAACGAUACAUAUUUAAUCCUGACAGUGUAUUCAAGCAAGACAUAUCAGUAUCUUUAACGAAUGUCAAACCACUAAGUUUCACGGCAGAGGAUUUCCCUGCAAACGAUUCCGAAAACUUCAAACCAGAAGAUUCUCCUGGUAUUGUGUCUGGACGAAUAGGGUCUUAUCAGGCAUUUAAUUUCUCUGUACCAAGAAAUAACGAAGUUACGAAUCAAAAUGAUAGCGUGCAUGGCUCUGAUGAGGUGUUUGGCAACAGUGAUCUUUUUGAUUCAACUUUAGGUGUACCUCAAGCACGUCCUACAGAAGAGGUCAAUCGUGCUGAUGCGUCAUUAUUAAAUUUAUCACUUUCUCAGAAAUUGACGAUCUCUAGUCAUUCUGAUGAACGUUCUAACUUCUUACGUACCCCGAGCAAUAAUUCAGCAACUCCUAGCAAACCCAUUGACCGGCAUUCUUUGGUAAACGAAUAUUCUAAAUUGCAUAAAGAGUCAGCAGAAAAACAGAUUAUCAAUCUUAUUGUUAUGGGACAUGUGGACGCUGGUAAAAGCACUCUAAUGGGAAAUCUACUUUGUUUGUUAGGACAUGUUUCUAGUAAACAAUUAGCUAAAUACCAAUGGGAUGCACAAAAACUAGGCAAAGCAUCAUUUGCCUAUGCAUGGAUUCUAGAUCAAACUUCUGAGGAAAGAAAUCGUGGCGUUACAAUGGAUAUUGCACAAACUUCAUUUGAAACAAAAUCAAAACGAGUUGCUCUAAUGGAUGCUCCUGGACAUAAGGAUUUUGUUCCACAAGUUAUUGGUGGUGCGACUCAAGCUGAUGCUGCUCUCCUAGUUAUCAAUGCUACUCGGGGGGAAUUCGAAACUGGAAUUGGUGCUGGAGGUCAAACAAGGGAACACGCUCGAUUGGCUCGUUUACUAGGGGUUUCUCGUUUAAUUGUCGCUGUAAACAAAAUGGAUACAGUAGAAUGGUGUCAGUCACGAUUCAAUGAGAUUCAGACACAAAUAUCUAGUUUUUUAAAAUCUAUGAAUUUUUCCGGCGUUGUGUAUUGUCCAGUGUCUGGGUUGGUUGGAGCUAAUUUAGUACCUCAAAAUUUAUCCAGUAGCAGUAAAAACGCUUCAGAGACAAGUUCUAACCUGUUUACGUGGUAUACGGGACCUUCGUUACUCGAACUUAUUGAUUCGAUUCCACCACCAGAAAGAACUGUUGAUGGACCUUUUCGUUUUGUUGUCAGUGAUAUAUUUAAACCUGCUGGUUCCAGUGUACCGAUGGUUGCUGGACGGGUUAUAUCUGGAGCUAUUUCUAGCGGUGUAAAUAUACCUACAAGUAAGGUUAUUUGCUUGCCAAGUGAUGUACGAACUUGUGUGAAAUCUAUCAGAUCAUUGUGUAAUACUCGUACAAGUCAAAAUGAUGCUGAAGGUGAUCUUGGAGGCAAAUUGUUAGAUCAAGUUGUUAAAUUUGCAUUUUCUGGUGAUCAAGUGGCAUUGAUGUUGACAGAUAUUGAUCCAUUUCAAAGUCUUAUUCCUGGUGAUUUACUUACUGAUCCAGACAAUCCAAUACAACCAUCCACUUGUAUUUCAGCUAAAUUAUUAGUAUUCUCUAUACAACAACCUAUUACAAAAGGUUACCCUGUUAUAUACUAUUAUAAUUGUGCCAAUGUAGCAGCCACUAUCACUAAAUUGAAAUGUAUGACUCAUCGAGAAAACAAAAUAGAAAAAGUCGUUCGAAAACCAAGAUGUCUUCUUGGUAAUUGUACAGCAAAUGUAGAGUUGACAUUUGAAAGACCAAUUUGUAUAGAAGUUUAUGAAAAAUGUAAACCUCUUGGACGAUUUAUGCUUCGUGUUGGCGGUGAAUCAAUUGCUGGUGGUACUGUAACAAAAAUCAUUCCAUCAAAAAAGGAAUCAUCUAGUUGA